AUAUUAUAGUUAUUAUUUGUAAUUAAUUACCUAUAAUUAUUUUUCUGUCUCAACAGACCCCUGGAAGGAUAGAAAGUUGGUCAAAAGCUUUAGAGAUUACUUUGAAACCUCAUGAUUUAGUUUGCCAGUUGCAUUUCAAGAGCGAACAUAUUAACAUGUACAACAAAAUUGUUAUUAAGGAUGUUGUCCAUUCACAUGAAUUACAUAGGAACACUCAAACCAGAAGCGUUGCCAACAAUUCACCAUCAGUUCCACAGUUAUGCUGGUGAACAUCUUGCGGAAGAGCAAAUGUUGCAAGACAAACAAAAGCUUGUACAUCAACAACCAGAAAUAAUACAACAUCAAGAAGAAAUUGUGAAUCAGCACUCACAGCAAGAAUCAGAAGUUCCCAUAGAACAUAAUUAUUGUGUACAACAAUCAGAAAAACCAUUGCAAUAUUUGUUGGACAAAUAUCAGCAAUUCUUGCCCCACCAUUGGGCUUACAUACCAAAGCCUGAUGGAAUAGAAUACAUUAGGUUGGAUCCAGAGACUCGUCUCAUUAAAAACCACAUAAUGGUUAAAGAUGAUUUAACAGUUCUGGUUAUCUUUCCCAAUAAGGAAAGACUACAUGUAGAUGACCAAAUUGUCUCGUCACUGCCUGAGGAUGUUUAUGCAUAUCUGAAAAGUGUGGAGAAGUGGCCAUUGAGUGUUGGCAUCCAAAUUGAGAAUCAAAGAAAGGAUGUCAAGGAGUUAUUGUUGGACAUGGAAUGUAUAAAAGAAUGCAACAAAAUCUUCGAUGUCAAUCAUGUCGAGUCCUCCUAAAGAAACUCAAUGAUAGAAAGGGUGGCAAUAGUGUCCAGGAAAAAUGGAUUAUAUUUGAGCAUAA